CACUUUCCUACUCAGCAGAAGCGUUGAGGGGAAUGGUCUUCUUUCAGAGGUUUCCCUGACUGUUCCCAAUGCUGAGGCCGAAGUGGAUGAGAUCUGUGCCCCCGCCUUGACCAUGGCCUUGGUGAGCUCCGAGGGAGCGGCUGAAGGGACCUCGGGGACCACCGGCCGUACCUCCUGCCCACUCUGGACCGUGCUCUAUGACUACGAGGCCUCCGGGGAAGAUGAGCUGAGCCUGCGGCGAGGAGAAGUGGUGGAGGUUCUCUCCAAAGAUGCAGCGGUCUCUGGAGAUGACGGCUGGUGGGCUGGCAAAAUCCGCCACCGCCUCGGUAUCUUCCCAGCCAACUACGUGACCUACCAGCCGGGACGCUACCAACAUCCCCCACUGGGAUUGCUGGAAAAGUCUGGGCAUGAAGCCCAAGCCCAAGCUAUGGGCGAUGGACAUCCUGUCAGUGGUGAAGACCAUGUGGGUUCUCUAGAAGAGAUUAACUUCCAGCACCUGGAACUGCAGGAGAUCAUUGGAGUUGGGGGCUUUGGCAAAGUUUAUAAAGCAACAUGGAAGGGCCAAGAAGUGGCCGUGAAAGCAGCGCGGCAGGACCCAGAUGAGGACAUCAAGGCCACGGCAGAGAGUGUGAGGCAGGAGGCAAAGUUGUUCUCCAUGCUGAAACAUCCCAACAUUAUUGAGCUUCAUGGUGUAAGUUUGCAGGAGCCCAACCUCUGCCUGGUCAUGGAAUAUGCUAGGGGAGGGCCCCUCAACAGAGCUCUGUCAGGGGCCUCUCCCUCCACCAGUGGGAGUCAUUGGGGCCGUCGGAUACCUCCUCAUAUACUGGUCAACUGGGCCGUGCAGAUAGCUCGUGGGAUGCUUUAUUUGCACGAAGAAGCCUUAGUAUCCAUCCUUCACAGAGACCUCAAGUCAAGCAACAUUCUGUUGCUUGAGAAGAUAGAGAAUGAUGAUAUUCAUAACAAAACACUGAAGAUUACAGACUUUGGCUUGGCUAGAGAGUGGCAUAGAACAACUAAAAUGAGUGCUGCGGGGACCUAUGCAUGGAUGGCACCUGAAGUUAUCAAAUCAUCCAUGUUUUCUAAAGGAAGUGAUAUCUGGAGUUAUGGCGUAUUGCUGUGGGAACUCCUUACAGGAGAGGUUCCAUACCGAGGCAUUGAUGGUCUUGCUGUGGCUUACGGUGUUGCUGUCAAUAAGCUUACUUUGCCCAUUCCAUCCACAUGUCCUGAACCAUUUGCUAAACUAAUGAAAGUGUGCUGGGCUCAGGAUCCCCAUAUCCGGCCGCCAUUCACCUUGAUUCUUGAGCAGCUUACUGCCAUUGAGGGGGCUGUUUUGACUGAGAUGCCUCAGGAAUCUUUCCAUUCCAUGCAAGAUGACUGGAAACUGGAAAUUCAACAGAUAUUUGAUGAACUGAGGACCAAGGAAAAAGAGCUGAGGUCACGAGAAGAAGAAUUAACAAGAGCUGCUCUCCAUCAGAAGUCGCAAGAAGAGUUGUUGAAGCGGCGUGAGCAGCAGUUAGCAGAACGGGAGAUCGAUGUACUGGAGCGAGAACUCAAUAUUUUGAUAUUCCAGUUAAACCAAGACAAGCCCAAUGUGAAGAAGAGAAAGGGAAAGUUCAAAAAAAGCAGAUUAAAGCUUAAAGAUGGUCACAGAAUCAGUCUGCCUUCAGAUUUUCAACACAAGAUAACAGUGCAAGCCUCCCCGAACCUGGAUAAGCGAAGAAGUUUAAACAGUAACAGCUCUAGUCCACCAAGCAGCCCCCCAAUAAUUCCCCGUCUUCGAGCUAUACAAUUGAUUUCCAAAACUGACCCCAAUACAGCUAAUGGGCAAAGAAACAGUAUAUAUGUAUACCAUCAAGAUGUAGAUAUCACAAGCGAAUAUGAACUUCCCAGUGGGGUUAAGAAAAAAGUGACCUCGGAUGAGAGCAACAAAACGUGGGGAAGGAGCACAGUUUGUCAUCAGGAAGAAUUUGAAGAUGUCAAGCGAGGCUUCAAAAAGAAAGGGUGCACAUGGGGGCCAAGCUCAGUUCAAACAAAAGAGCGUACAGAUUGUAAAGAGAGAAUAAGACCCCUCUCAGAUGGCAGUAGUCCUUGGCCAACACUUUUGAUGAAGAAUCAGAAAGGUGUUCCUUUAGCGUCUUUGUUCAUAGACCAAGAGCAGAGGCUUUCCUCUGAAGGUCUGGAUACUAAGCGACCAAAGCAAUUAAAAUUGCCAAAUCAGGCCUACAUCGAUCUACCUCUUUGGAAGGAUGACCAAGGAUCUAAUUCUGCAGAACAGGAGAGCUCCGAAGAAAGAAAUUCAGCAAGUUCUGCAAAUAGCACUCCACAAAUGACCCCUACAAACAGCCUCAGCAGAACAUUUCAGAAAAAGAAAACCGACACAGUGCUUUAUGGAUGUGGUGUCCUCCUUGCAUCAGUAGCACUGGGUGUGGAUAUUAGGGAGCUGAACAGAUUUCAGGCUCCUGAAGAAGUACUGCCCAAGGAGGAAAAGAAAAGGCGUGAUGGAAUAUUUCAGCGAGCUUCCAAGUUUCACAGAAGUGCAAGCCCUGUAAGGUUGCAGCCCAAGAAGGAGGAAACGCACGUCCCUUCACUAUGUCCACCCGCAAGUACUGUGAACCUUUUCUCUCUUUCUUCUGCAUCCACUAAAUGCCUGCUGCAGUCUGACAGUGAAGAUACAGUUACGAGCACGCUGCCCUUUAACAGAGAUGCUCCCAUUAGACACUUUUUGUCUGAAAGUCCUGCGAGUAAAAGAGAACAAAUGGCCAAAGCUGAUCCUGCUGCUGAUUCUAAGGUGCCAUCUCCCCGUCUUUCUUUGAGGGAAGAAUCUCAAUUCAUAUGCAAUGCCUCUUCCUCAAAAGCAAGAGCUUUGGGUCACAGACGAACCGUAUCAGACGGAAACCCAUGCCAUUCCAUAAGUAACGGAAUUGCUAAUGGGGCUCCGGAGAGUAUGCACUGUCCAUCUUUCCAGCAAAGAAGCAACCCUUCACCUGUAAAGCAAGGAAUUGUCAACAUUAUACCAAGACCUCGACCCUCUUCUCUAAGAAAUCGGCUAGAUCCUUGGCAGGCUAUUCCACAAAGUCGGAAGUCAAGCCCUUUUGAGUCUGACCAUUCAGAGGGUGAUAGAGGUUCAACGGUUAACUCACUGACAGACACUGAUGAGAGAACUAAAUCCCAUAUGCCAUCUUUGCUGGAUAUUGAUGUGGAAGGUCAAAACAGUGACUCUACAGUGCCUCUGUGUAGGUUGAAGAGUAAAGCAUGCCGGCCAUCAAUAUAUGAACUGGAGAGAGAAUUCUUGUCUUAAGUGCCUUGAUUUUUUUCCUGUGCCCUUUCUAAAGAAACAUUUUCUGUGCAUGAUAACUUUAUGCUACUUCCCCCCAUAUCUUUUUGACCAAUGGUGCUGGUAUUACACCAGGCAGAAAAACAUUAAAUAUAGAAAGAAUAUACAGUGGAAGGGUUGCUCUGCAACACCCGUACGUGAUGUGAGUGUUUAAUAACAGUAUUCUGAAUGAA